UUAACAGAAAUGUAGAAAAUAAAUAUUUUAAAAUACCACCGUAAGAAGACAGUUUUAGCAAAAAAUGUGACUAAGUUAAUAAAAAUCACCACCGGCAUUACCAAGACCAAGAAAAUGGACGGGAGCUGCAUAUUUCUGACAUUCAUGCUACUACUGCAGAUGGGUUUGAUCCUCGUUAUGCUCAAUCCAAUUUAUGACGUCAGGAAAAUUACUCAUCACAUCGGCGAAGCGACUAAAAAUUACCGCACUGUCUAUUACUGCACCGUACUCGCCUAUUUCUUGUCUGUGGUUUACCUCGGUAUGUACAUUCCAUUGCAAAAUAUCCACACACUCAUCUUCUCGAAUUAUUUGAACGAAUACGAGAAGCUAAUAUUGCUGAGUAGAAUCGAGAAGAACUACAUAAUAGCCGGUUUCUCGCUUUUCUUAGUCGUGGUAAUAUACGGUGUCAGAGGAUUGUUGUCUUACGCGGCAAGUUUAUUGGAAAUGAACGAUCGACACAGCGACCCACUAAUGAUCCAUUCAGAUACCAAGCUCGAAAAGAAAGUUUUUGGAUUGUCCGAAAGUAUACUGCCGAAUCUUCUGCGCGUCAAAAGAUCUAUAUCUUACGAAACCAUUCUAUUUACUAACGAACUUCGUGAACAGCUGAAAGCGGUUAUACGUAAUGUCGACUUCCCACUUAAUAAGUGUACUCUAUCAAGUAUAUUGGAGACUAGUGCAGUGCAUAUUUAACAGUCAAUUUGUUGUCAAAAGUAAAAUUUCACAAUAAACCUAUUGCAUCAGUUACGAAGUUUGUUUCAUUGACAAUAUCUAUUGCGGUAAAUUUUAUAAGUGGA